UUCUUCUUCAUCGUAUAAUAAUUACAGAAAAAAAGAAGUCAUAAUUGCCGGCGGAAUCAUAUUACCGGCGGCGAAGUCCCCGGGAUUGGUGGAAUCGGCGGCACUCAAAAUUGCCUGAUUUGGUUGCGUGAGCGAAUUGAUUUUACGGUCAACUGAUUUUGAGGAAGAGUUUUACCUGGAAGGAAGAAUAUCUUCGGUCUUCUGCUGGGAUAUACCAAACCAUUAUAUACCAUUGAAACUGCAUCAUUUGAUAAGAAGAAAUCUUCUUAUUUUCUCCUGCAAUUGAAGGAAUGUCAAAAGUUAGAGAUAGAACGGAAGAUUUUAAAGAUGUUGCACGUCGAUCAGCAUUGUCUUUGGGAUAUGAUGAGUCUAAAACAGCUGCUUUAUUGGCAUCUUUUAUCAUGCAUAAACCCCGGCAAAGGUCAGGAUUCAUCAGAGCUGCACUUAAAACGCUGGAGAGCAUUGGGACCCUAGAGCAAUUUUUGAUGAAACACAAGAAGGAUUAUGUUGAUUUGCACCGUACUACUGAACAAGAGAGGGAUAGCAUUGAGCAUGAUGUUACUAUUUUUGUAAAAUCAUGCAAAGAGCAGAUAGAUGUUCUCAGAAACAGUAUAAAUGAGGAAGAUGCAAAUUCAAAAGGAUGGCUUGGAUUGAAGGGUGACAAUCUGAAUGCUGAUACUAUAGCACACAAGCAUGGAGUGGUUCUAAUUUUAAGUGAAAAGCUUCACUCUGUUACAUCACAGUUUGAUCAGUUGCGGGCAAUACGCUUUCAAGAUGCUAUUAACCGAGUUACACCAAGAAGGAAGCGUAAGAGCACUACCAAAUCAAAUGCUGCAGAGGCCUCUGCUUCUAGUAGUUUGGAUCCCGACAUGAAAAGGGACUCUGAGGUCAGGGACAGUGAUGUAUCACAAGCAGCGCCUUUAAGAGUCCAAGAACAACUUUUGGACGAUGAAACACGUGCCCUCCAGGUAGAACUGAACAGUCUCCUGGAUUCUGUUCAAGAAACAGAAACAAAGAUGGUGGAAAUGUCUGCGCUAAACCACCUUAUGUCUACUCAUGUUUUGCAACAAGCCCAACAGAUAGAGCUUUUAUAUGAGCAGGCAGUUGAAGCUACCCAAAAUGUGGAACUUGGUAACAAAGAACUGUCACAAGCCAUUCAACGGAACAGCAGUAGCAGAACUUUUCUUUUGCUCUUUCUGUUUGUACUUACAUUUUCAAUCCUCUUCCUAGAUUGGUACAGUUAAUUCUCAGUUUUUUGCACUAUUUUUGGUCUUACAAUUAACAGGAGUAUAGAGCCUAUUUCGUCAACUAAAGGUGUGUAUCGUUACUAGAAGACAUAAUACAUACACGUGUUCUUUCGUCUUAGUUGA